GCGCUCGGACGUAGACGGGUUUAAUUCCGCCGGCGAUAAGUCCUGCGCGCUGGCGGCUGUGUGCGUCGUGUGUGUGUGUGUGUAUGUGUGUGUGUGUGAGAGAGCCCUGGUUGACGUCCAUCAGAAACAAGUUUCCUGCUUCCUUUGCGUCUAUUAUGACCAACUACAGGUAUUAUACAUAGGAGGAAGUAUGACGUUCGCAUGGAAAAAUCGUUAGCGCGCAUAAGAGAUAUUCGCGGAAUCCAGCCCAUUAUCGGUGGCAUGUGUUUAUAUACGCAGAAGCGCGACGGCGAUGUGCCUUUUUUCAUUAGCAUAGCCUAAUACAUUUGCAUGCGAGUGUGGAGUCGCGCAAAUGCACGCGCAAAUCCACGGCCGGAAGAAAAGCACUCGAGGGAAGCGAAGGUUCCCUCUGUUAAUACGAGUGCGUAAUUGGAAGGGACACGUAAUUAAACAUUUUCCAGAAUAAUUUGCAAAAGUUUAAAUAAACAUUUGACCGACUGCGCAAGUGUGUGUACCUUGCCGCCAUAAUAAGCAAUCGGCAGUCUCAACAAGUGAUCAAGAGAUUGGGAGCUAAAUGCGCGACUAGUGCCAUCUGCUGGCAUAGCAGUCGGAGCUCGGUGAUUACCAUCCGCUGGUGGCGCUCGCCUCGGUCCGGACGGCGGACACUUAUGUACCUACUGCUCAGUGCUCACAGAUCCCAGUUCACUGCACAGCGAACAGUGAAAGAGAGUAAGAGACAAACAGUCCGCACUCGUGUAUAUAGCUUCGGCGGAUUGCGAAUAGAUGGCGGCAGGCAUACGGGUGCGCGGAGCGCAGUUGCUAUGACUCCUUGGACUGUUGAAUUUUGAAUUUGAGACUGCCUAUCGAUUAAUGUGUUGCGUGCAAAGCGGUAAGCCUCGGAGCUGUUGACGACGUUAUUCGUGUUGAAUAAUAAUGGACGGAUUCAGCUACAAAGAAAUCAAGGAACUCCAGCAACUGAUCGCACCUCCCAAAGACGAUUCGGACUCGGAUUCCGACGACUCGGAAAAUCUGAGGCAGCGCCUAUCCCGUCGAAAAAUCGGUCCCGGAGACAUCGCAGGCAAAGCAAACGUUGCCCCUUGCGCAUCCCCGAAGCCGGCUGCUGCGAAAAGCGCCGAGGCCCCAUCGGAUAUAUGGCAUCCGGCCGAGGUGAGCCCGAUCGCGGAUCUUCAAAGCGAGGAUCCUCGAGAGCUUCCCGAGUACGAGAUGAAAUUCAAACAAGCCCUUGGCACCGAGGAUAUUUUUCUUGGGAUGAACCUGAAAACGCCGGCGACGGCCUCCUGCCAGUGGCUGACGUUGCGGGUGCGUCUUCCCGGAGAGAAGCGGGAGCGGCUCGAGCUGUCCGUCGAGUCCAACGUCGUGGAGCUGCGCAGCCCCAGAUAUCGGCUGCAACUGCCAACGCCCUUUCCCGUUGAUCCUAAUGGCUCGUCGGCGAAGUGGCAUCCUGACAGCGACUGCUUGGAAAUAAGCCUCAAGCUCUCGAGAGAGCUCGACGACGUGAAUUUCUGAAAAAUCCGCCCAGCCAGCCAUGCCGCGCGACAUUUAUGCGGCGUAACAUUUCCUCGAUCGAAGAGUGCCCGUAAAAUUAAACAAGCCAUUUGAGACAAUAAACUAUAACUUUUGUUCGA